GCCUGCCAUCCUGCACUGUGGCUAGGCCCCAGAUGAUGAUUGCUGGUACCCAGGAUGUAGCAACGUCCAGCUUCCUGCAGUUCAUUGAAGAAAAGGGGAUCGAGGUGUACAACUCACUGAUCAAUGCCAGCCAGUCCAGCCGCAGCAGCCAAUGCGAGGACCUCCGCUACGACAUGAAUCUACUGUAUCGCAAGUCCAAGCUUGAGUGGAAACACAAAGAAGAGGAGUCAAAGAAAAGCACAGGUAAGGAUGUAGGAGUUGGGAAAGUUCGAGACAUUGCCUCCUUCAGGAAACACUUUCGUAUGGGCUUCAUGACAAUGCCAGCCUCUCAGGAACAUUCGCCACAUCCCUGCGCCAGCAGCAUGGCACCUCGUUCCCUGUCAUGUCAUUCUGUAGGGAGCACUGAGAAUGAUGAGGACCAUCAAUCAUCCACAAAGAAACCGCCAGCUAAACCAAAGCGCCAUCCGGCGACCAAACUGAGCAUGUGCGAACACACAAGGGCUGUAGGAACACAAGCACAGUCAGGAGAAGGAUCAGAAAUGCAAACCAGUUCCCAGAAAUCUGGAGUAGACAGCAGUGAUGAUGGAAGAAGGAUCCCACCACUGAAACCAAAACGGAGUCCCAACACCCAUUUGUCAGUUUCCUUUGAUGAAGCGUAUGCCAACAGGCCUUCAACAAUGAUGGGGCUAGGCCGGCUACCAAGACACAACACAGCAGAUUCAGCCCCUCAGCCCAGAUAUAAUGAAGAUGAGGAACCAGUCUAUAUUGAGAUGGUUGGAGAUAUUUUUAAGGGGCAGACCACCCCAGAUGAUGAUUCAGAAGAGAACGAGGCAAUCUAUGAAGAAAUGAAAUAUCCUCUAUUGGAGGAUUUUGGAGAGGUAAGGACAAAUGGUGUCACAUCUCCUGUCCAUGAACACAUGAGCAUUAAGGCCUUAAAAGAGGCCUCCAAACUCCAAACUUCACUACUGUCCAAAGGCUCUUCGUGUGAUAUACCACCGCCAUUUCCCAACUUGCUGCAGCAUCGCCCACCUCUGUUCGGCUUGCCUCAGCCUCCAUCUCAAAAGACUUAUAAACCAGCUACAGUCACUACUCAGCAGUGCUCAAAGCUUCCUGUUCUCCAGGUUAACAUUCCACACCUGAAGGAAUCCUCAGUUAUGUCAACGACUCCCGAAGUGCCUGGAUCACAGAGAGGAGAGAAGGAUCAAGUAUCUACUGCCCAGAGUUUGCUUUGCCCUUCAGGUAGGGCAAGAAGUCAUUCAACACCUCUUCCACCUCAUACAACAGGGCAAGGGAAACUGAGCAAGGAGCUGCCAAACUCCCACAGCAUGAUCUGCCCACCCGGAAAGAUCACCACACACUCAUUGCUUCCAGUUCCCCAUACUUCUGGUCAGCAGAAGGACAAAACCUUCUCCUACUCCAUGAUGUACACUUCAGUUAAAGCGACUCAGUCUGUGCUUCCAGUGACAGUUGGUUCUGCUGAGCAAAAAACUGAAAAAGAGACAUCACUACUUUAUAGUAUGGCAGCCUCAGGCAGCCGAUCAGUCACCCCCUGCCGACCUGCUUCCAUAAUGAGUCGAAGUUCCACACCUCAUAGCCUUCACGAACACUGUGUAUCUCCAGUUGGGGCACUGUGGACGUACCCUGCAGCAGGACUCAAGAGGACCCCCACGUAUGAUGGUAUAAAACCAGGAGGUAUUCAGAAGUGCUGUUCAGUGGUGCCUCAGACCACAGUGAGGACACAAGUGCAGGACCGAGGGGGUCUGGUUGAUAUUGCUUGUUCUCAUGCUGGCUCAAACUCUGAACCCAGAGCUCUCAGCAGCCCCCCAGAGGAAAGCCUGUGUAACUCAGGAUGGACUUUUCAAAGAAAGCCUUCAUGUAGCAGGAAGUCCAGGGAUCCUGAAAAGACCACAGAUGAUGAUGCUAUCUGGAACAGCACGACAGAGGCACCUGCUAAGGCUGAUAAGGAGGAGAAGAGCUCCCAUGGGGUUUCAGCUUCAGGGAUACCUGUCCGAACUACUCAGGGAUCAGACAGGUCAACAGCGAAGGGCUCAGGCAGGACUGGUUUGCCAGUGCCAUGUCAGACCUUCCCAGCCUGCCAUCGCAGUGGAGAAUUUGGUGGAGCUUAUCGCUUGGGCCGUUCUGCAUCCACAUCUGGAGUUAGGCACCCAGCAGUCCAAAUACAGAGACAAUGCAACCACCGCGAGAGUCAGAAUUUGCAGACACCUCCACCAUUACCACAGAUACCACAGGCUCUGAAGGAGCGGGAUGGCAAGCUGCUAGAAGUUAUUGAGCAAAAACGAUGCUUGUGCAAGGAGAUCAAAGCACGACGGAGGCCAGAGAGGAGUCUCUGUAAGCAGGACAGCAUGCCUAUCCUCCCCAGCUGGAGGAAGAACACAGAAAGCCGGAAAACUGGAACACCACCAUGUCGUCGACAACAGACUGUCCUGUGGGACACAGCAAUAUAAAAGUGAUGGUGCUCAGGGCAUUUUACCCUGUGUCCUAACAAAAUGUGCCAACUGCAUGAGACAUUCUAGUAAAUGCUCAUGCUCAAAGUGUCCUGGAAUAUCACAGCUGCUAGACUGAACUUCCAUUUUCUAAAUGCCGUAUCUGAUGGAAUAUAAGGUGUAUCUUGGUGUGUGUGGUGGGAGACCAUGCAUUUGAUGUAUCUAUUUUGUGGAACUGCUCACAACUGAAAAAUGAAUGAACAAAGAAGCUAACAAAGUGAGACAGACAAAGGUAGAUGGUUGAUGUAUUUUUAGGAGAUUCCAAAAUGAAAGACAUGUUGAUUGCGACUGUUCUAGUCGAACAAAUGCAGUAAUUAGAUGCAAAGGUUUAAAUGAGGCAAAAUGAUAACUCAGUCUUAUAGAAAUGUUCUGCAACCCACACCCAAAGCUGUGAUGAUGCCAAGGGCAAAAGUUGGCAGGGACAUCAAAAUGAGGUGGUCUCCAAAUGGUAUCACACUUCAGCAACAAGCCCAAAACUGACAGCUGCCCGGGAUUCAGUUAACAGAUACCCUCCUUCAAAAGCAUUUAUGCCCACUUGUCUCUGUGCUCAGUGGGUAAUGUCAUGUGCAAGCAGCUCUGUGAGCUGCUCUGUGUCCUCAUUGUAGCCACUGCGGGCAGUCUAUCGGAGCGGUUGAUCGGAACCCAGGGUGGGGCAGUGUAGGUUAUGACAUAUCUGCACUCACGGAUUAACAUUUCAUGAUACACAGCAGUGCUGUUUCAUGUUUGCUAGAUAUAAACUGGGUAGCAGGGUUUAUAGCUUAUUUUAUGUAAUUAUUUAUGUAUUUAUUUAUAAAAGAGAGGUGGUGUUCUAUUAAGAAUGGAAGAAAACAUACCCCUCCCCUACCCUUGCUAUUCCUGUACCUUCAACAUUUUUUUUCCAAGUAACUGUAUUUAUCCUACAUAUUUCACUAACUUGCAAAUGUAAGCUAAUUUCCCAUAACCUGAAAAUAACUGCAUCCUGUUUAAUUAUAUAGAGUAUUGUCAUUAUUUUGGUUGAAAGUUUCCACCAUCCCUCAUUUCAGCUUGAUCCAAACCCUACUUUCCAGCUUUCAGCUUCAGUGUUUAUUCCUCUUUUACUUAAUGGUGACACCCAACAAUGGAACAUUCUGGCAUUCUGUGCCAUUUUUUUUUAAAUAUUAUUUUUAUUCCGCAUUAGAUUAUUGGCUGAAGUGCAUAAAAAUACUCCAUUUCCCAUGUUACACUCCA